AUGAAUUCAGUGGUAGAUUUGGGCAGUGAUGGAAGCUGUGAUGGAAGCAGUGAGAGUGAGGAUGAGAACUUUAUGCUGUUCCCGAUUACAGACAUAGAUAUAGAUGCCUCUUGUGAAUCUUUAGCUGAUCAGCGCAGUACCACUGACACCACUCCCAGCAAGCAAGAAGAUAUUGAUGAGCCACUCAGACCAUUCAUCACUUUGAGGGAACGAAGACUUCUCAAGGCUUACUCAGCAGUGCUUCCUGACAGCAAUCUGAAACCUCUGGCUAUCUGCAAGGCUAAAGAGUACAGAUCUUCAAAAUCAGAAUCACAGAAAAAGCCACAUAUUAAACUGAAACCAAAGUUUGAAAGAAUAAUGAAGAAGCUUCGCAAGGGAGUUGAUCACUGGGCAGAGUAUCAUUUAGAUGACUUGGAGACAGAACUGGCUGUAAGGCACCGGUACAAUCCCCGCAGAAAGAUUUGGAUCCAGGAUCACGUCUUGGUUAAAAUGGAGAAAAAGCCAUUUACAAGAGGUGCAAUGAGACAGUGUUUCCGAGUGAAGAAAAAGCACUCUGCUGUAUGCAAUUCUACUUAUGGUCUUGACAAGAAUGCAAGUAAUUAUGUGGCAAAGAGCUACAUAGAAAAUGUAGACAGAUCAGUCUAUUUUGAAGAUGUCAAGCUACAAAUGGAUGCCAAAAUUUGGGGUGAGGAGUACAACAGACACAAUCCACCAAAGAAGGUGGACAUUUUCCAGAUGUAUGUGCUGGAGUUCCCGGACAGACCAGGCAAACCAUUGUUUCACUUGGAACAUUUCAUUGAAGGGGAAUACAUCAAGUACAACUCUAAUUCUGGCUUUGUUGAAGAGAGUCUCCGUUUCACGCCACAGGCAUUUAGCCACUUCACAUUUGAGCGCUCUGGUCAUCAGUUGAUAGUGGUGGAUGUGCAGGGGGUAGGGGAUCUGUAUACAGACCCACAAAUUCACACUGCUGAAGGGAAAGAGUAUGGAGAUGGUAAUCUGGGGCCCAAAGGGAUGGCCUUAUUUUUCCACUCCCAUAUCUGCAACUCUAUCUGUGACAGUCUUGAUCUGACUCCGUUUGAUUUGGCGGAGUCUGAGCUUGCAAAUUGCAGGGAGUUCAUAGAGAAGCAGAAGUUUUCUUCGGUGACGAGGUUAAGAGGCAGUGAGGACUCUUGCAUCUCUGCAUCACCAAUGGAUACCUUUGAUCUGACAGAAAUCCUGGGUCGACAUCGAUCUUCAGAAUCUGCCACUUCUGCUGAUGAUGAUUCCUCUGCUCAGAAUGGAGAUGAUGAAUCUUCAGCGAAUACCCCUACUAGUGAAGAAGAAUACAUGUCCCUGGACAGUCCAUUAGGUCACAUACGGGCUAGGGUUCGAUGGCAGAGUGAAUCGGAGCAGGAUUCCAUGACAACAGAUGAGGAGAACAAAGCAUUCUCUAAAGCUCAGGCUGAAAAAGCACGCCCAUCAAGUGUGCUUCAUGAGCUGGAUUUGAGGAAGCUGUCAAAUCUCAAGAUAGGGCAGUCAGUUCUGGGCCAGAUCCACCAUGAGAUGGCCAAGUAUCACGAGAUGGGUCGGUUUUGCCUUCAGGAGGACGUAGUGGACUGGGAUGCUGCCUUGUUCCAUGAGGAGCAUGCUGCUGAGCUUGGCGUCCUAGAAGCUAUAAACACAAUGGCGAUGCUGUACAUGGGUCUUCCAAGACAUAUGUUUGUCAACUGUAUUGUCCAGCAAAGAUCAGAAAUGAUUGAUGUGGGUGUCGACUACAUGGUGCAAGCUGCUGAGGCAGGAGACAGAAAUGCUAUGAUAUUUAUGGCCAGGGCAUUUGAGACAGGAAACGGCUUAGGCACAAAAAGAUCCAUUUCUUGGGAAGAUGCUAUUCAUUAUUACCAGCUAGCCAUUGACCAGAAUGAUCACGAUGAGGGUGGAGACUUUGAUUCUACUAUGGAAGAUCCUGUGCACCAGCUCAUUGCCCAACAAGCAGCCAUGUUCAGGACUGGAGGACAUGGGUUAGACAGAGACCUUCAGAAAGCUGGAGACUUGUACAAUGAAGCAGCAGAAGCAGCUAUGGCAGCCAUGAAAGGAAGACUAGCAAACUCAUUCUACAUGCUAGCUGAAGAGUGUUACAGUGAAAUGGAGUAG